CGCCUUUUUCAAAAAACUGUGGAGAGAUGAAUCCAGAGAUAAUCAUCACUGUUGAAGACGAACGCGCCACCUCCCGUUCGUACACCGUCGAUUUCUUCGACACUCAGAUCUCCGUCACCGUCACCAAAGCCCCCUCCGUGGUCCGCAAAUGGAUCUCCACGACCGUCUACCUCCGCAACCGCCGCCGCUUGUUCGGCCGCCUCGUCGUAGGCGUCGGAGUUCAGUGGAGCCCCUACAGAGGAAACGAUCCUCCUGCUGACACUCUCCAGCUCUGCGUCGGCUGCCGCUGCUUGAUCUUCCAGCUCUCCCACGCCACGACAGUGCCGUUCGUCCUUCGCCGCUUCUUACGCGACGAAUCGAACACCUUCGUCGGUAUUUGGACUGACUCGGACCAGAAGAAACUGGCGAUGGAGCAUGGACUGGAGAUUCACAGGCUUCUGGAUCUGAGGAGGUACGUGGAGACGGAUGACGGAGAGAGGCUCCAUACGGAGUCCGUGGAAAAGAUUGUGAGGGAGUGCUUAGGGUUCGAGGGUGUGUGUUUGGAUCAGGCCAUCAGCAGGAGCCGUUGGGAUGCUCAUUUCCUGAGUUGGGAUCAGGUUUUGCAAGCAACUGUGAAAGCGUAUGUGGCCUUUCAGAUUGGGAAAAACGAGCAUGCUUGGCGCCAUUCCUCAACUGAUCGACAGAUCUACUUCUGAUGAGACCUAUAACUUCGAUCAAUUCCACUCGAUCUCUUGAUCUCAAGUUUUUUUUGGAAAUAUCAGUCUCUCGAAUCUUCUAUGCUAGUUGCUGCCCGCCUUUAACUGAUAGUUUUCCUUUUUUAGUUUCAAACAAAAGCAUUUCAGAAUUCGGAAGGGAGUCAAUUUUAUCGGAAGUAAUGGUGAAAAUUGACUGAAAUGCCUUCCAGAUUUUGUUAGUUCUUUGGAUAUCUGUUUUUGGAUAAGCUAGUCUGCUUUUGUUUGGAUAAACCAGUGCUUUGGAUAGUUGGUUCGCGAAACUAGGGAUCGUGGAAUCUUUUUUGGACAAUACAAGAGAGUAAUGAUUAAUGAGAUUAUCUCUGAA